GGACGCCGGGGGAAGUGACGUGGACGGAGCGGUGCGGCCUCACGGCGGCGGUGCGGCCUCACGGCGGCUGUCCGGACUCGGGCUGGCAUGUUGGCUCUGACGCGGAUGGUGCCUUUCGCUCGCGGCGGAGGCAGCCUCUUCAGAGGCCUCCGCGCGCGGGCGGCUGGAAGCGGAGUCCGUCAUGCUGGUGGCGGUGUGCACAUUGAGCCCCGGUACAGAGAGUUUCCCCAGCUCACCAGGUCCCAGGUGAUCAAGGGUGAGUUCUUCAGUGCAGCCAUGUGGUUCUGGAUUCUCUGGCGCUUUUGGCAUGACUCAGAUGCUGUGCUGGGUCACUUUCCAUAUCCAGAUCCUUCCAAAUGGACGGAUGAAGAAUUGGGUAUCCUUCCAGAUGACGAAGACUGAAAACGUAGACUUAACUCUUUACAAAGAGGAAGGGAGAUGGAGAGAGAGAUAGAAACAUCAAUGCUGAGAGAGAGUCACUGAUCGGCUGCCUCCUGCAUUCCCCACAUUGGGGAUCGAACCCUCAACCCAGGCAUAUGGCCUGACCGGGAAUCGAACCGUGACCUCCUGGUCCAUAGGUCAACGCUCAACCACUGAGCCAUGCUGGACUUUGUACCUAUGAUGUCUUGAAGAAAUAUGCAUUUUC